ACCUGCAAAGACUAACUUAGAAAGGUGCUUGCUGCAAACCAGAUUGCUACUACCUAAACCUGAUUGAUAGAUCCUGUUGUAAAUCUUCAAGACGGAAGCAGAUAGAACAUGGAACAGCAAAUGAAGAAGAGAUUGAGGAAAAGUUGCCAUAAGGGCCUAGGUGAAAGGGCCUUUGUUGCGACUAAGCCAAACCAAGUGCAGUGUGGCCCCAUGCUGCAGGCAGAGGAGGAACCUGCUAAUACAAUGUGGGCCUUAUGUGAUGAAGGCGGCGUGCACUCUGACACUGGUCUGCAGGCAGUUGACGAGCCCUUCCCUGAGUGUUACAUUGAAUGCAUAAUACGAGGUGAGUUUUCAGAACCCAUCCUGGAUGAAGACUUGAUUUUUAAAUCCUUGGAAUACCUGAAAGAAGAAUCAGAACAAACCCUUGCUCAGCAGGUUCUUGGAGAAAAUUCACUUCUUGGAGACAACUCACUUGAAUGCUCUUUGGAAUACACCAAAGAAGGGGCCAGACCAAACCUUUCUCAACGGUUUGCUGAAGAGAAUUCACUUGUGUAUUCGGAGUACAUGACUGGCAAGAAGCUUCCCCCUGGCGGAAUACCUGGUGUUGACUUAUCUGAUCCUAAACAGCUGACAGAAUUUACUAAAAAGAAGCCGAGAAAAAAUACAGAAUAUGAUGAUCAAAAAACACUCCCCUGUCCUCAGGGUGGAUGUCCAAGGAAGUUUAAGGAUAAGUCCUCCCUGAGAAAACAUCUCCUAGUUCAUGGUCCCCGAGACCAUGUCUGUGCAGAAUGUGGGAAAGCUUUCAUUGAGAGUUCAAAACUGAAGCGACAUUUUCUGGUGCACACUGGAGAAAAGCCCUACCAGUGCACAUUUGAAGGGUGUGGGAAGCGCUUUUCCCUGGACUUCAAUUUGCGCACACAUGUACGAAUCCACACUGGUGAGAAACGCUUUUCGUGCCCCUAUCAAGGCUGUUACCGGAAGUUUAUUCAGUCAAGUAACCUGAAAGCUCACAUCUUAGCUCAUGCAAAGGCCAAAGUAUAGGUGGGAGAGUAGUCCUCAAACAGGAUAAGCACCUUAAGGAUAAAUGUGCCUAUUGAUUAUUGUUUC